CGGUCACGGCGGAUGAGAGGCGGGCUGAGGGGAGGGCCGUGCUGCCGUCGGACGGCGCUGGGGAGCGAGGCCUGCCGGGCCCUAUCGCGUUGCAGGGCCUAUGGGCAGUGUGCGCUGGGCCUUCCCCUGCGCUGCCUGGCGCCCUUGCCGCCAGGAGUGGCUGCUGGCGGCGCGGCUCGUGCAGCCUGAGGAGAAGGAGCGCAUCGGCCAGUUUGUCUUUGCCCGCGAUGCCAAAGCCGCCUUGGCUGGUCGCCUGCUGAUACGGAAAUUAAUUGCGGAGAAGUUGUGCAUACCUUGGAAUGAAAUACACUUGCAAAGGACAUCAAAAGGAAAACCUUUCCUGGCAAAUAAUGUACUCAGUAUCUAUUCGAAUUACAACUUCAAUGUCUCUCAUCAAGGAGAUUAUGCAGUUCUUGCAGCUGAGCCUGAGCUUCAAGUUGGCAUUGAUAUUAUGAAGACUAAUUUACCAGGUACUAGCUCAAUUCCAAAUUUCUUUCACAUCAUGAAGAGACAGUUUACUGAAACAGAGUGGGGUGUAAUCAAGUCUAUGAGUAAUGAAUGGAUGCAGCUGGAUAUGUUUCAUCGGCACUGGGCCUUAAAGGAAAGCUUCUUAAAGGCUAUUGGAGUAGGAAUUGGCUUUAACUUGCAAAGAAUUGAAUUUAAUGUCUCCCCACUGCAACUGGAAAUAGGGAAUGUGUAUAAGGAGACAAAAAUGCUUCUGGAUGGAGAUGAAGAAGAGGAGUGGACAUUUGAAGAAACCCGGUUAGAUGACCAUCAUCAUGUUGCAGUGGCUCUUGGGAAACAGGAGGGAUUUGUACAGAAGCAUUCUGAUGUGUGUUCCGUGGAGCCUAACCAGCCGCAGUUCACAUUAUUGACUUUUGAAGAUUUAGUUGCAUCUGGUAUUCCAGUCGCACCUGAGGAUUCUGCAUAUUGGGAUAAUUUUUGUUCUAAGCAGGAGAGUCCAGUGAAACAGAAUUCACUUUCAAGACAAGACUGCUUAUAAGAAGUAAAUUGUCAAAGUUAUCGUGCUGUUACUCUACAUAAUUCAGAGUGUGGGAAUAAGUGCACAUGUACAAAUUAAGCAUGUUUUUCUUUAUUUAAACUAAAAGUCUGAUUUUUCACCAUUUUAAAAUUUACAUUCUUUAUCAAUAUCUUAAGGAGGAUGUUUCCUUGCUGAAGGAAUUCUGGGUGAAAAGUCUAAGCUGGCCACAUACUUUUUUGCUUCUCCAUCUUUGUGGUUCUUACACUUCAAUAAUUGCCCAUGCAAAGAAGAGGGAGCAGAGCUACAAUAAUGUUGUUGUUGAUAAGUCAACAAGUGUUUAAGAUACAAAAAUGUUUCUAUACUUCAUUUAUGCUGAAGUUUAUAUUAUGAUACUGUCUUUUUUCACAUCUGAAGACAGAAUAUUUUAUUGUCUUACAGUGAGUUAAAAUUUCUGGAGAAGAUAGGUAGAUCUUGAGUGCAUCUUCCGAAUAUUUUGUAUUCUUUUUCAAAAUAAAUCCUAUUUUGUACCAUUACCUCCCAGUUUUCUUUCUAGAAGUCAUAGAUACAAUAUGGUCCAUCAAAUACAAGGAAAUGUACUGAACAGAAUGAGUCAUACUGAAUGUAAUGGUUUUCACAACUAAAGCCAGUUCAUUUCUGUCCUAGAGUUAAACAUAGAUCUUCAGUGAGUCUGGGUUUGUGUACAACUUGGUUGCACUCUGUAUUCUGACUAAAGAAGAAUCUACUUGUAGUGUAACCAUUGGAGCCGUGCCUUAUUACAGAGAUAAAUAAAAGGUUUAGAGGGAGAAGGAUACGAGCUUUACAGUAUUAUACAAACUUGGGGAGUUUUGCUGUAGAUAAUUCAAAUAUGCUGUUAAAUUUUCCUACUUCUACCGGUUCUGCUUAAUAUUUUUGUUUCCAUUUUAAUUACACCCUCAUCUGGCAUGCAAAUCAUACUUUUUGGUGUUUGGCUUUUUUCCUCCAAAACUGAAAAUCACUGAAACAGUGACUCUUCUCUCCGGACUUCACAGGUGUCAAAUUUUGAAGUUAACAGAAAUACAGAAUAAUUUAAAUACAAAUUUUAAGUCAAAUAUUGGAGACUUUUUUUUUUUUUUUUUUUGUUGUUGUGUGGGGUUUUUUUGUUGUUUUUUUUUUUUUUUUUUGUUUUGUUUUGUUUUUAAUUAAAUACAACUCGCAAUAAAUAAAUGGCACUUUAUGGAGGCCAGAGAAGGCUAGUCACUGGAUAUGUAAUGGUGUCACUAGGGUAGGAUAUUUUAAACUGAGUCAUUGACUCUGGCUUACUCUGUUCUACGCUGAGAUAACUAGAAGCAUUCCCAUGCUGAAAGAAAGAAAGGAUAUGUUCUGCCACAGCUUUUGGAAGUGUGCAGAAUAAGGAGGCCUAUUCAGAGUACAAGGGACUGGAGAGUGAAGGACUCCAUGGCUAGCUGGCUGUUAACUGAUCAAGUAUAUGCCAAUCCUCAGCAGUCACUGAGGACCCAUCAAUUGCAUCUGUACCAGCGAGUUUAAAUUUAAAACUUUUUUUUGCUGGGAUAAUGAAAUUAAAAGUAGAUACAGGGUGAGAUGAAUAAAGAUUUUUCAGAUCUAGAUUUCUGGGGAUAAAGGAAUUAGUUUCAUAUUAGAGAUGAGUUACUUCUACAUGGUGACAGCAUCUCAAAACAGGAUUUUUCUCUCAUUGGAAAGACUUUAGAAAAUACUCAUGGUAUUAUAAUACUGUGUUUGCAUGUCAGUAAAGGACAAACUGUUUUUGUUAAAUUAGAAAAUUAUAUUUGGUUUGCUUGCCAGCAAUAUGGUAAUUUUCAGGGCUAUAUCUAAUUAGAAAGGUUACAAAACCAAAGGAGUUUGUUUGGUUAGCUUUCCAUGAAAUAAAAUCAUAGUUUCUAAUGGCCCAGACAGAAUCAUCUAGAAGAGUGCAGUUCCUCACAUUAUGAUUUUUUAUUAAUCUUAAGUAGCAUUUUUUAAUCUUAGGUAGCAAUAGGACUAGGAGAUGGUAAUACCUGGUGAAGAGCCACUUGAGUCAGGUUGUUCAGUGUCACUGCAGAAGGACAGAAUUUUUACACUUGCUUUUACCACCAUGGGAGAGAGCAGCCAUUAAUUACCAGCUAAAAGCAUGCUGCUAAAGGCCAGCAGGACACUCUUGAGUCUUUAUGAAUGUGAAUGAUCCUUCUGAAAGCCAUCUGAAUGUUUUUCUGGGCAUCUGUGUGGUGUGGAGGCACAUACUACAAAUAAAUGUAGCUGGCAUGUACAGAUAAAUUCAUGUAAUCUCACUAGAAUUUGAUUUUCAAAUCAGUUUGAAAAUUUGAAUCAAUUCUAGGAUUUUUUAUUUUUUUUAUUAUUGCUUCACCAUCACACAUUCCCUUAUAUAAAAAAUUGAGCCCUGUAUCCACAAAUGGCAAUAGAACUGCCUUCCUUUCAUUUCCUCAGAAUACGGUCUUAAUGUCCAUAGAGUAUCUCUGCUGUUUUUAGCAAUACUGGUCCAGCAUGGCUUCAGCUUCCCUCACUAGUUCAAGUUGUUGGCCUGGUGCAGAUAAGCUGAUCUUGGCUGGUCUCCCAUCACUCUUCUAUCUGCAAGAAAUUUCCCAGUUAUGUGUAGAAGCCCUCCGGCCUUCAGGUUCCUUCUCCAAAGCUUCAUUCUUUUAUCUCUUUUGUUUUCUGUAUGCUGCCCUAGACAUGGCCAUACCAGGUACCUGGAUCCUAGAGGAUAAGAAGCUGCAAAAAGACAAGCUUUACUUCACAUGAGCUUUUCCUAGCAGGGGCUGUGGGUAGGUAGCUAUUUUCCAUAUGGAACAAGAUUGACCAGUCUCCCAGUUUCUCAAAAUGUGGAUUUAGAAUAGGUCUGCUGACCUAAAAAUAAAAAAAGUUUUAAAAAGUUUUGUUCUUCAGUGAAAAUAUUGUUAGAAGUGAAUAAAUGUGGUUUAGUUUGGACAUAUUAUAAUGUUUAAAUCUUUUUGUAUCUCACAUAAGAAACAGAGUAGAUUAGGAACCUCAGAGGGUAAAACUGUUCAAAGCAAUUUGUAUCUGUGUGACAAAAGACUAGUGCCAUGUAAUGUGAAAAUCCAUAGCUUUGAGAAGUGGAUUGUGCGAAUUCACUCAAGCCUUUCACAAAGUCUGUAAACCUAUGCAAGAUGUAUAUUGUUACUAUAUUAUGGAAUCAAAUGCACUGAUGUUAAUCAAAUGUACUCACCUUAGAAAAGAAAUAGUAGAUGUAACAGCAGAAGCAGUGUAAAUGUGGUUGUAAUUUAUACGUUCUUGGAAAUAUUCAAGCAACAGCUCACCUCUAAACAAUCAUCUUUACCCAAGACAUUGCAAUAAAGUCACGAUAUGCAAAGAAAAUCAGGAUAGGAAGGCAAAGAUAGCUAUUCAAGUGAGCAGAGACUAUCUCUUUGUUGGAGCUUUACAAGAUCAUAGUGCUACAUUCUACAAAGAAGAGAAAGUGGUUCUUGGGCAGAACUGAUAUAACCAAGUCUAAAAACGUAAUUCAGACUUCCCUCUUUAACUGCUGCCCAGUUCUGCAGGUGGCUAGACAUGCUAAUUUGUGCAUUAUGUUCCUCCAGGAUAUGGAUAUUUUGGGUUGCUGUACAUUGCCCAGAUGAUGUAAGCACGGAAAUAAAUCUGAAUUCUUCUCAA